GUGAUGUCAUCGCUAGGCGACGCGCGCAGCCCGAGGCAGCCGUGACCUCUCCGCGUGGGGAGCUGCGCGACGAUGCUGCGGAUAGUCCGGGCCGCGGCGCGGGCCUGGCGCCGGCCCACGGGCUGCCGGGGCUUGAACGCGGUGGCGGAAGAGGCGGUGCCGCAGGCGGCCAAGCCGGAGGCCGUAGGGAGCGCGGGUCCCCAGGAGCCCGUGCUGCGCAGGUGCGAGCUCCCGGUACCGGCGCCCCGGCGUCCGGUGCAGGCCUGGGUGGAGUCCCUUCGGGGCUACGAGCAGGAGCGCGUGGGUCUGGCCGAGCUGCACCCCGAAGUUUUCUCCACAGCGCCCAGGUUGGAUAUCUUGCACCAGGUUGCCAUCUGGCAGAGGAACUUUAAGAGAAUUAGCUACGCCAAGACCAAGACCAGGGCGGAGGUGCAGGGUGGAGGCCGGAAGCCUUGGCCACAGAAAGGCAGUGGGCGCUCUAGGCAUGGCAGCAUCCGUUCCCCCAUCUGGCGAGGAGGAGGCAUUGCCCACGGCCCCCGCGGCCCCACCAGCUACUACUAUAUGCUGCCCAUGAAAGUGCGGGUGCAGGGCCUCAAGGUGGCGCUGACGGUCAAGCUGGCCCAGGAUGACCUGCACAUUGUAGACUCCCUGGAGCUGCCGACCUCGGACCCCCAGUACCUGACAGAACUGGCCCGCUACCGCCACUGGGGUGACUCUGUGCUCCUUGUGGACCUAGCAUACGAGAACAUGCCUCAGAACAUCGUGGCAGCCACCACUGGGCUCAAGACCUUCAACCUAAUCCCAGCUGUCGGCCUGAACGUGUACAGCAUGCUCAAACACCAGACCCUGGUUCUGACCCUGCAGACCUUGGCCUUCCUGGAGGAGAAGCUGCUCUGGCAUGACUCGCGCUACACACCCCUCUACCCCUUCCGCCUACCCUACCGCGACUUCCCCUGAACCCGGAUCCUGUGCACUCUGGGGCCCAUCAGGCACCCUCUUCCUGGACCACUCCAUGCCAGGUGCCUGCUGUGAGCCAGCCUGAGCCCCUGGCAGGCUUGGGAACCAUGUGCCCACGCAACCCACUCAUCCCAACAGGAAGCGAAUUCCACAACACACAGUAGCCAGGCAGGCAUCACUACCAGGAAGGGGCAACGCAGCAAGAAAGCUGGACUGAACUCUGGCCCCAAUUUUCUCUUAAAUUUUGAAGAUAGAUUUUAUUUUUUAAUCAAGGAAGAGAAACAGAACAGCUCAUUCCCAUUUUGUAAAUACUUCUACUUGGCAAGUCCAGCUCUCCUCAGUGCUAGGUGCUUCUGGGUACCUCUCUCAAGGGACAACCUCAGGGCUGUUUAUAGCAAUGACCCCACCAUCAGCUUUCCCAGGAUGAGUCCAACUCCAGUAGUGUGCAGAGGAGUGUGGGCACUGCUGUCCCUAGGAACCCAUUCCCAAGCCCUGUCACCGAGAAUUCACCUCCCUGAUGGUGUCUCGGGUGCCCUUGAUUAUGGUCCUUCAGGCCAAGCAGUGGGUUUGAUUCUACAAAUAGGAAGUGUAAGCCUGGGCUUUCACCAUGAUUUUCCCCUAAGCAGAGUGUGAAGCUACGUCAAUACACGAGGAAAUAAACACAUUUGUAAAAGCA